GUCGACUUCUUGAAACCUUGGUCAUCGACUACAGCAGAGCGCAAGACAAGACGCCAGCAAGACCCCGCAGCAGCAUGACCUUGGCCGACAAGUUCAACCUCGAGAAGCAAGUGACGUUCUACCUCUCGUACCACGCCAACCCGAUCAACGUGGCCAUCCACCUUGUGUGCAUUUGGCCGCUCCUCAUCACGGGCCUCGCGCUCGGCAGCUGCGCGCCGCCGUUCGCCGACAAUGCGUUCUUAUCGCCGUACGGGCUCGCCGAGUACGUGACGUUCGACAUUGGCUUCGUCGCCAUGGUGGUCUACGUGCUGUGGUACGUGGCGCUGGACCCGAUCGCGGGCUCGGGCGCCUCGGUCGCGAUCGUACUGCUGCAUGCGAUGACGACGGCGUAUACGACGACGCAUGUGGCGAUGCACGGCGAGACGCCAUGGCGCAUCCUCGGCAGCCUUCACCUCGGCGCCUGGAUCCUCCAGUUCAUCGGGCACGGCGUCUUUGAGCGCCGGGCGCCGGCCCUCUUCGAGAGCCUCGAUCAAGCGCUCAUUACCGCGCCGCUCUUUGUCGUGCUCGAGCUCCUCCUGCCGCUGGGAUACCGCCGCGAGAUGCACGAGCGCGUCCAGCGCCAAGUCCAACGCAACCUCGACGCCUUCCACAAGCGUGCGUAAUCCAAAUACUUGAAGAAUACGACGACGACAUGC